AUGGCUUUCAAUAAGAAAUACGCCGGUCUUCCUGACCUGGACCCUUCCCCGGAUAUUUAUGAGACCCCCGACUUGACCGACGAAGCAUCCACCGUCCCUCCUACUACUCUUCGUACAGACUCCGAUCAUGAUGACGUCGGCUCCAGCUCUGACAUUGACCGCGAAGGCGUCAACGCGGACCAGGCGCGUAUGCACUUUAUGGGCGCCGCUGUAGAUGCCCGCGACGCGAAUUUCUCAGAUAGCAUUUCCAUGAAGCGCCAGGCGUACCGGAGCAAAGACAAACAUCGCCGUCACCGACGCAGACGUGAAGAUGGCACCGAGGAGGUCGGUGGUCUAAGUGACAGCGAAGACGAGUCGGUGGAGCGAAGGCUUGCACGGCUGCGGAGAGAGGUUGAGGAACUUAAAGUGGAAAUGGCCAACCGACCUGAGGGCCACGAGGGCGACACUGAGCUGCAGGGCGCGUCUACCGAGAAGUCAGGAGAGAACCUGGGUGACGGUGUUGCGGAGUUGAGUCGCGCUUUGGAUAACCUCCACGCCUCACGAGGUGCGGCGACUCCAUCACACUCAGCGGCCGCAGAACUGACCCAUAAGCUGGGAUCUGACCCUCGUUCUGCUGCGCCUGUCGCUACGAUACAACCGGCCAGUGCGGCGAUAGCGGCAGUGUCCGCGGGACCGGCAGCAGCUACAUCUUCAUCGGGGAUUCUAUCCCACGCAGCAGCGUUCGAUAGCCGCCUCGCCCUUCUCGAAUCAUCCAUGGGGAUCUCUAGCUCCUCAAACCCCUUCGUCGCAGACGGUUUCAGCCAGACAGCAUUGCAGCCGGUGCUCCCAUCUUUAGACCAGCUCACCUCCCGCCUUUCAGCAUUGACAGGUCUCCUCGUGGGCAACCCAGCAUCCGGAAACUCAGCCACACCAGGCGCAGUGGCUGGCCUGACAACCCCACACCUCGAAGCGCUCUCCACGCGGGUGCGAAAGUUGACCACAGACGCCGAGGCCCUAACAACGGCCCGCAGACGCGCAGUUGACGCCGCAAAGGCUGCUCACAACGCCCGCAUUACAUCGACAAAUUCUGAAACUGACGCACCUGCAUCGGAACCUGUCCCAGCCGCAGACGACGAGCACGCCGCUAAGGUUCAAGCCCUAUACGCUACCCUCCCAACCAUCCAAUCCCUGCACCCUCUCCUCCCCAGCGUUCUCGAGCGUUUGCGCUCUCUGCGUGCAUGUCACGCAGGCGCAGCCCACGCCGCAGACUCUCUCAACGAACUCGAAAAGCGUCAUGCCGAAAUGGCCUCUGAGAUCGAACAAUGGCGUGAAGGCCUAACGAAUGUCGAAGAGAAGAUGCGCCGGGGUGAAGAUGCCCUCCGCUCGAACGUGGAAAUUGUCGAGCCUUGGGUGCGAGACUUGGAGGCUCGCCUCGGACGCCUUGAGGGUCCACCCGGUGGACUGUAG